UAAAACGCAAGUUUAUUGGUUUUACAGAGGAAGAAAGAAGUGUCAAAUUUGAUUGAUAUCAAUAAUAGUUACAUCAGAAAUGCGGAAGGUGGCCCUAGAAAGAACUGAUGUCAAAGUGAUGGGAGCUUCAUUGUUGUAUCUUUUACUUGGCUUGAUGCCGAUUUGUCCUGUCAUUGACAAAAGACUGGACAUGUAUGCAUCAGCCAUAGAACAAUGUGCAGAAUUCAACGUAGAUACUACAAUCGUUUGUUUAGUACUUGGAACAACAGGAUUGUUAUGCGCGAUAAUCCUUUCAUAUGGAUAUUUCUUGCGACGUGUAAUUUUCAUAAGAGCAGUUGGAAUUGUAAUGAUGGCCUUUAUACUUGUUUUUGCUUUUUCUGGGUUUUUAGUAGAACCUUUAUUAAUUGUUGCUCUUUAUCCUUUUGCCUUCUAUGUUUACAGAAAGACGGACCAGUAUAAGAUAACCCUUAUGAAACUGAAUUGUUUGCCGCAAACUUGCAGCAGACUUGCUGCAAGCUUGCGGCAAACAAAAAGUUUGCAGGAACACAGAAAAUAG